UGCACGGGAAGCUCUUUCCUUUAGUACCACCUUCUCCGCUUGGUAACUGCGGCUCCCCGAAACGUGCACUUGGGAGUCAGAAAAACAACAAACUAACCUCGGUGUAGGCUGAGGCGGAGGGCGAUUAGCCCACACAACUAAAGAACAAAAGCUAAGCAGUCGGCAACAGCGCGGAGAGAACAAGUAGCAACAUGCCUCAGAACGAUUACAUUGAAUUACACCGUAAGCGGUAUGGUUAUCGAUUGGAUUAUCAUGAAAAGAAGAGGAAGAAGGAGGGCCGUGAGGCUCACGAACGCUCACAGAAAGCAAAGAAACUUAUUGGUCUCAAGGCUAAACUGUACCACAAACAGCGCCAUGCCGAAAAGAUACAGAUGAAAAAAACCAUUAAGAUGCACGAAAAUAGAAACACCAAACAAAAGAAUGAUGAGAAGACACCAGAAGGAGCGGUACCAGCUUAUUUGCUGGACAGAGAGGGCCAGUCACGUGCUAAAGUUCUCUCCAAUAUGAUCAAACAGAAACGGAAAGAGAAAGCCGGUAAAUGGGAAGUUCCAUUGCCGAAAGUACGUGCUCAAGGAGAAACCGAAGUGCUCAAAGUUAUUCGAACCGGCAAGAGGAAAAAGAAGGCAUGGAAAAGAAUGGUCACCAAAGUUUGCUUUGUUGGUGAUGGUUUUACCCGUAAACCACCAAAGUAUGAGCGAUUUAUUAGACCUAUGGGCUUACGUUUCAAGAAGGCACAUGUAACACAUCCAGAACUUAAAGCCACAUUCUGCCUUCCUAUUCUUGGUGUAAAGAAGAACCCCUCAUCGCCUCUUUACACAACUUUAGGUGUUAUCACAAAGGGUACAGUCAUUGAAAUAAAUGUGAGCGAGCUUGGUCUUGUGACACAGGGAGGCAAAGUUAUAUGGGGAAAAUAUGCGCAAGUCACAAAUAAUCCAGAAAAUGAUGGUUGCAUAAAUGCAGUCUUACUUGUAUAAUAUUCACUUUGGAUAAAGAAUAUCUAAUAAAAUAUUUUGGGGAGAAAAAAAAGCAAAGAAAAAGUC